AUGGCAGCUUCAGCUACAGAAAUUGAAGAGUUUCUAACUGGACCUUUGGUUAAAUGGCUGUCUACUUGUGUAAAGAAACCAGAGGCUCUUUUAGUGUAUGAAACUUUCUUUGAUGGAAGCCCAAUUAAUGAAGUUUUACUUCAAAUUGAUCCAGAACCUUCUCAACCAGUUCCUACAACUGUAAAUUUACAGGGAUUAAAUAUAACAGCAGCUAGAAUUAAGAUUUUUCAUUGUAUUAUUAGGAACAUUAAAGCUGUAUAUGAGGAUGAGUUGGGUCAAGUGGUUGUAGCACUGCCUGACUGUGUAACACUAGGAAGAGCCCCUGCAUCAAUAGCAGCUUUAGAACAGCUAAAACUACUCAUUCUCCUAUUGCUUGGUUGUGCAGUCCAGGGUCCCACAAAAGAAGUAUUUAUUACCCGCAUUAAGCAUUUAUCUGUUAAAGCGCAGCAUGAUAUUGUUGAAUGCAUUAAGCAAGUAACAGAUGAUCAAAAUAUUGUUUUGACUCUUGACUGGUCCGAACAACCGCCCCAGAAGUUGUUUUUUCAUGUUAGGACGCUAACUAGCGAAAGGGAUAAAUUAUUGCAACAGUGGGUUAUUGAUUUGGGACAGGAAAAUACUUUAAAUGCUAAUCCCCAUCCAUUGGAGGGGGUUGAAUCUAAUCAUUUGGCAGUUGAACUGGCUGACUGGAAAGCCAGAUUAAGAAAGCAAAGACAAGAACUGGAGGAAAAAACGGAAAUUCUAGCAGAAUGUAAGGAAGAAUUGGAACAUGCAAACAGUUUAGUGGCUAAACUUAAAACAGAGAACAACGAUUUGUUAGCUGAAGCUCGUAGAGCCAAGGCCUAUCGUGAUGAAGUGGACGCAAUGCGCGAGAGGGCCGAACGGGCAGAUCGGCUAGAAACCGAAGUUCAACGAUACCGUGAACGGCUUGCAGACGCCGAAUUCUACAAAAUACGAGUGGACGAGCUAAGAGAAGACAACAGAGUUCUACUAGAAACCAGGGAGAUGUUAGAGACUCAACUUGCCAGGGCCAGACAACGUGGCGAUCAAGUGCUAGAGUUGGAAGCCGAGUUGUUGACCUCCAAGCAAAACCUCAACGAAAUUGCUUUGGAAAGAGACGCGGCACGAGAAAAAGUGCAAGAGUUGAUCGAAGAGAAUAUUCAGUUGCAACAAGUAACAAAGUCCGCGCUACAAGAAACAAGCACCUUAAAUAUAAGCGUGGAUUCGGAAAAUGAAGAAACCAACUCGGGGGAUAACAGUUUGUCCGAGCAAUUAACAAACAACGCUCAGGCUAGAGCGCUAAAACUAGAAUUGGAAAUUAAAAAACUAACGUCCACCAUAGAUUCCUUGAAAGAGCACAACUUCCAUGAAAGUUCCAAUAAAAUCUUGGACUUGGAAAAGGAAAAGAAAAAGUUGCUCCUGAAAUGCGAGCAGCUACAAGAAGGUUGCGAAAGACUAACGCAACAAAACGGUGAACUAGAAAACUUAUUUAAAAACGCUAUACAAGAAAAUAGAAAGCUGCAAGAUAGUGUCGAUACAAAUAAAAUUAUAUCGGACCGGCAAAAUCAAGAUUUACAAAACGAAAAAACUAAAAUCAACGAUUUAGAAAAGAAUAUCGAAACAUUGUCCAAGGAAAAGCAACGCAUACAUACGUUGUGCGAUUCUAUACGAAAAAGGGCUGAUGAUGCUGAAAAAUCGGUAACGCAAGUUUCAGAGCAGCUCCACAGUUUACAAGUUCAGGCAGAUAAGGGACAGGAAUACGAAAAGUUGAGCAAAGAACUUAAAGAUAAAAUAAGUGCUUUGGAAAAAGAAAAUGGUGGCAUGCAAAAGGAAGUUAGCAAGUUAAAGGAAUUGGUUGAAGUAAAAGAUGUCACUUUAGAUAAGGAAAUUGAAAAGAACAAUAAGUAUGAAAAGGAUUUAUUAAAGUUAACCAAAGAAAACCAAAAUAUCAUUACUCAACUAGAAAAACUUCAAGAAUUUGAACAAAAGGCUCAAGAGUUACUUUCACAAUUCUCAAUACAUACUGAAACUAUUAGUACCCUUCAAAAGGACCUUGUCAAUGAAAAAGUAAACAAUGAAAAGUUCAAAAAGAAUCUAGAGAAACUAGGUCUAAGCCUGGAUAUUUUAGACAACGACCUGAAUAUAAUUGUGGAAAAAAUGCUAAACAACCCAGAUCUAUCGAAAAUCCUUACUUCAAUAGUUAAAGAAAGGGAAGGAGAAAAAGAAAUGUGCAAAAAGUGCACGGAAAAGAUCAGCAAAAGCGACGUACUAAAAACAGAAGAAAUUGUAGCUUCCAUUAAAGCUGAAUGGAGCGAUCAAUGCGACAAACUCAGCGCCGAUAUUGUUAAUCUACAAAAUGUAAAUGGGGUUUUACAGAACGAAAACGCCAAAAUGCAAGUGGACAUUUCAACGUAUAAAUCGCAGAUUAAUUCUCUACAAGCGCAGCAAACCGCUUUGCAGCUUGCCAAUAGUCAAUUGGUUGCAGAAAAAGAUGAGCUGAGUAAAAAACAGGAAAUUCAAAAUCACCAACAUGACACGCUACUUUUUGAUCAAGUCACUUUAAGGACGAUACAUGAGCAAUUAAACACAGAAUAUGAGGACCUAAAGAAGGAGCAAGAAUCUCUGAGAAAAAUGAACAGGGAUUUGCGCUCGGAAAUAAGAACGUUAAGGGAAAAGAACGAUGAACAUGAAAAUAAAGUUUUGUCCUUGGAAAUCGAAAAUGAAUCAAUCAAAUCCGAUGCGCAGAGUUUAAACAAUUUGAGGGCAGAACAUUCAAAAUUAAAGGACGACUUCAGAAAUCUUUUUACUGCUAGUGAACGGUUAAAAGUGGAAUACAGAGCAGUUCAAGACGAAUUAAAAAAUGUUAGAACUGAGUCUAGAACACUCAGACUGGGUCAAACUGAAAUGCAGGGUGAACUAAACACAAGGUCAGAUUUAGUGUCUGGAUUACAAUUGGAAAAUGCUAAAUUACAACAAAAAUGUGAUAUGUUAUUUGAAAUGAACCAUUCUUUGGACUCGGAUAGACGCGUUUUAAUGGAUCAUGUUUCUCAGUUGCUUUCUCAAUACCACUCCUUGUUAACCCAUUCCUUGGAAGACAAGCAACAUUAUCAUUUAGAAGAAAAAUUGUUUACUGAUAAAGUAAAUAAUCUCUGUAGACAAAAGGAGAAGUUGGAGGAAAAAAUUAUGGAGCACUACCGAAAGCUUGAUAAUGCUUCAUCCAAAAAAAAAAGUUUUGGUGCCACUCUGGUAAGAAGAGUUCGCAAAGCCGGUUCAGACAUAAUAAAUAAAGUACCAAGCAGGAACCGACGAUCCUGGCACGAAGACACCGCAAGAUUAACGCAGUCCCAAUUCACACUCGGAGGUGGAUCAGGCGAAUCCGCUGGCAACGAUUCUGACAAUAGCGCGGAAGAAUCCGGGCACCGGAGUGAACCAUUUAAAAGAAACAUUGGCGGUAGCUUAUACAGCCAUAAACCUAGAGAUGAAGUUAGUCUCCGAAGAUCGCAUAGAGACUUAUCCCACAGAAACAGCGUGGCAGGUGACCAAGUGUUUAACAGGGAACCUGGAAGUGCCCUUAGUCUAGGUUCUGUUGGUUCAAGGCGAACAGUUUACCUUUCCGAGGAAGAUACAACUCCAAUUGCGCCCCCUCCAGCAAACAAUCAAGGGGUCUUAAAUAACCCACCUCCUAUGUUGGUGUACAAUAGAAUAUCCACUGUUAUAGGAGAAGUACCAAAAACGUCCAGUCCACAAUCAAAAAUACCGGAAGAAACGAUAAAGGAAACCCCAGAACCUAAAAAACCAGAAAAUCCCAAGGAAACAGCCGUUUGGUAUGAGUAUGGUUGCGUUUAA